CCCGCGGACGCGGCAUGGCGGGCGCCGCCCACUGCUCGCUGCAGGCCAAGCGCCUGCUCUUGGACCCCAAGUUCGAGGGCUACAAGCUGUCCCUGGAGCCGCUGGCCUGCUACCAGCUGGGGCUGGACGCGGCUGUAGCAGAAGUGAAACUUCGUGAUGAUCAAUAUACCCUUGACCACAUGCGUGCUUUUGGCAUGUAUAAUUAUCUCCAUCUUGAUUCCUGGUACCAGGAUAAUGUCUACUAUGUGGAUCAAUUUGGAAGGGUUAUGAAUGUGUCAGUGACUCUGGACACUGCUCUACAAAAACCAAGGGAAGUUUUCAGGCUACCGACAGACUUGACAGCUUAUGAUAAUCGCCUUUGUGCCUCUGUACACUUCUCAUCUUCCACAUGGGUUACCCUUUCUGAUGGUACAGGAAGACUGUUUUUAAUUAAAUCGGGCAAACGUGGAAACACUGCAUCUGAAAAGUGGGAGAUUGUGUUUAAUGAAGAACUAGGAAGUCCAUUUAUUAUAGCACACAGUGUUUCAUUUGUAAAAUCUGAUAAGCAUUCAGUAGCUGUGCUGCUGCUUAGGGUAGAAAAAGACGAACUGGACACAAAAGGAAGUGGAUUUCAUAUUACCUUGGAAUGGGUUACAAUUGCAGAGAUAAGCAAAGAGGGUGAUCGUAGAUAUGAAAUCUUUAAAAGGAGAGUUUUACAAGGAAAAUCAGUCCCCCAUUAUGCAGCAGUAGAGCCGAGUGGGGAUGGUCUAAUGAUUGUUUCCUACAAACCAUUCAAAUUUGUGCAAGAUGAAGAUAACAAAUUAGAAGAAGAAAACGAUGAUGCAAAAGCAGCAAAUGAGAAGAAAGACCCUCUCUAUUACUGGCAGCAGUCUGAAGAUGAUGUGACAAUAACAGUUCACAUUCCUCAAGACAUCACUAAGGAUGACAUAAAAGUACGCUUUUCCCCUGAUAACAUAUGUGUUACACUGAAAGACCAGCCUCCUUUGAUGGAAGGGAAACUCUAUUCAUCUGUGGACCACGAAAGCUGCACAUGGAUAAUUAAAGACAACAAAAGCUUGGAAAUUUCUCUAAUUAAGAAAAGUGAGGGACCCCGGUGGCCAGAGCUAAUAAUUGGUGACACAAGAGGGGAAUUCAUUAUGGACUCUUCCCAAUGCUCUGAAAUAGCUGAAAGCCUGAUGCAUCUUACCUCUGAAGUAAUGAAUCCAAACCCUGAAAAGGAAAACCCACCUUGUAAUGCACAAGAAUUAGAAGAAUGUGAUGCUUUUCUUGAAGACAGCGCAAGCUUGUGCAGAUUUGAUGGUGAUACCUUGAAAGUCACUCAUGUAAUUAAUCUUGGAAGCAACCAGUACCUUUUCUCAGUUGUUGUGGAUCCCAGGGAAAUGCCGUGCUUUUGCUUGAGGCAUGAUGUUGACGCUCUUCUCUGGCAGCCCCACUCUGACCAACCAGAGAACAUGUGGGAACACAUCGCAACUUUUAAUGCUUUAGGUUAUGUCCAAGCGUCAAAGCAAGACAAGAAGUUCAUGGCUUGUGCUCCAGAUUACUCCUACGCUGCUCUUUGUGAGUGCUUGCGACGAGUUUUCAUCUAUCGUCAGCCGACUCCUCUGUCCACAGUUCUCUACAACAGGAAGGAAGGAAGACAAGUGGGACAGGUUGCUAAGCAGCUGGUAGCAACCCUGGAAGCCAAUGAUCCUAUCUUAGGCUUUCAAGCUACAAGUGAGAGAUUAUUUGUUCUCACAACAAAAACCUUGUUUUUAAUAAAGGUGAACCCUGGAAAUUAAUUAUCGAGUAUAUUCUGCUGUAGCUUGUGUUAACAAUUUGUUAAAGAACUGGCUAGGUAAAUGAUCUGAGAAGUUCAGUACAAUUUGCUGAAAUUUAAAAAGGAGAUAUUUUAAAGGGGAAUUAAAAUUUUUCAUUAGAAUUUGUAAGAAAAUAUUUCAACUUUCCUGUCACUGAAGUAGGCUUUUUCAGAGCUAUAGGAAAAUGUCUUUAACAGCUUUCUGAAAGCAAUUGUCAGAGGCUGGUAUUGCAUAGGUGAAUAGAUUUAUGCAUAUUUUUUUCCAAAUGACUGUGUUUGCCAUACUUCCGAGUUUUGAGAAUUCGCUUCUGUUUUUAAAUGCUACUUUACCUAUGAAAGUAGUCAGAUAAAGAACAUAAAGCCUUGAGUUACAAGCAAAGUAGUGUGUAUCAUAAGGAAAAAAAUAAUCCCAAAUUCAAAUACUGUUAACCCAAAAAAUGAUAUAAUAUUUCAAUAUUCAGUAGUUUGAGUGAAAUGUGAAUGGAAGGAAUGAAGUGUUAUGUUUCUUAUACAGGUAAUUAAUUCAAGUGGGAUAGUUUCAUUGUGUAUGCAGAUUUUAGAGGAUUGAUUUGGGACUUACUCAUGCCUGCAGUGAAAUCUGUUCACAUUUUAGGAGACGCUAGGAUAGCUUUUAGUAGCUUUUUCUUGAAGCAAAGUAAGGGUACAGCUGGUGAUUACAUAUUGAAUGGUAUUAGUCAAGAUCUAGUUAUACUCUCAGUUGUGUCAUUUUCACUUGACAUUUGUGCUUCAUCUCAAGUGACUAAUUUACAAUUAGAAAAUGGCAAACAGAAAAGCACCUGUAUUGUAAGCUGAGAUGGGGGGCUCAGAAGUGCUGCUUCUGCCUCAGAUACCGCUGUAAAUACCGUGUCACUGGUUAACCAUUCUGCCCAUUCAAGUCCAAAUGCGGUAUACGCAAUGUAACUGUACGCAGGCCCCAAGGAUGCUUCUGUUUAACAAACUGGCAUGGUUAAUUUUGUUGAAAAGUAUCUGAAGAUUUUUGUUUCUUAUUAUAAGUUGACAUUGUCAAUACAGUUAAACCACAAGAGGGUCGGUUGUGACAGCUCCACUCUGGGUUGGGUUUUUUUUCAUAGUUUUCUCAGAACUCCAUAGCAAAGAAUGCCUAAUCAAUGUAUUGCGUACUGGCAGGAAAGCUGCUGUGAUUUGUGGUACCAAAGUACUGAGAGAGACACAAAUUACCAAGACAAGCACAAAUACAAGUGGCCUAAUAGUUUGCAUCUCUUCCAAUAUUAUUUCAGACCUCUGUAAGGAUGUAUUGAGAGAAAAAUAAGUGUUCCUUUCUUAUGACUAAGAGUUUCUCAGUUGUGAUUGUUUUAACCCCACUGUAAAUUCUCCAGACUUCUAUUGGUGAAAUGAUUAAAUAAUAUAUGAGAAUUUAAGAGGGAGACAAGCAGUUGCGACUUGCAGAAAACCCUUCAAGUUCAGUAGCCUUUCAAGGAACCUGAUUUUCCUCAUCCUUACAGCAGUAUUAUAUUGUAUAUCCAAUAUUGAAAAGUUUUUCCUCAUACCUGGGUAAGUUAAAACAGACUUGAUUUGCAAACCUUCCUUUCUUAUUCUAUUUUUUUAAAAACUGUUUUCAAAAUGUUUUAAAAAAAGGCUGAGUGAGUUUAUUACUGCUUCAUGACUGGUUUGUAUCUAAAUGGUCAUUGCUGGGCAAUAAUGUCAAACAAGGUGGUAGAAUUUGUGGAGAGGUCCUUUAGAAAAGAUUUUAUGUAGUUGAUUACUUUGCAGCAUAUAGUGCGUGCUUUGAAACUUAUAUGAGUCUUACUUAGUAACCUGAGAUAUAACCACUGGGAACACAGAGUUCAGAACACGGGAUGUUUGGGGAAUGGAGGAAUGGAGAGGGAGUGAAGGAUUCAUGGGCAACAUGCUUUUGGCACCUCAGGUCAGUUGCAGGAUGCUUCGGUACGGAUGAGAAUUUCGGCUGUUCUUUGUCAAAUUCUCCUUGCUGUGGGUUAGAUAUCUGGGAAUGUACUUCUGCUGUCUCCUACAACAGAGGAAAAAAAGUCAUGUAAAACGGUUACCUUUUCAGAGCCUGUGUUAUGACAUGUAACGCCUAAAACUCACAUUUCUGCCCAAAUGUCUGUUUCAAGAGUUCUUGUGUUUGCUCCUGGGAACAACUCAACACGGGGAAGAGGUUCAUCCCUUUUUCUGUGUUACUCUAUUUGCAGUCAUGGUAUUCUCAGAAAGGAUAUGUCAGAUGAUAGUCUCUCUCUUAUUUUGCUUUCUAUGAGAGUUAAGGACAUUGUAUUAUUUAAAAAAUUUGUUGCCUUGAGGAACAUUACAUGCUGUUGCACAGCAAGCUCCUAUAAUUAAAUGGCUGCAAGCCACAGGGAGGCACUUACUGUUAGCAUUUCCAUUUCUGUGUUCACUUAAUUUUAAGGCUUUUUUUGUUUAGCGUAUUAAUGUAGCCUUAUACAAGGUAUAGAAUGUGGAUAUUUAAGAGAGGUGGUUUUCUGAGAACCAUACUUCAGUUUUUCUAGGAUUUUAAUUCUCGAAAUCUUAGCUUUUAAGACACAGUACUUCCUGAGAGGUCUCAAUCGCAACCUGUUUACAGAAUUCCUGAGAAAAUACUUGGCUAUUACAAGCUGUCGUUAUUUAUUUCUGAUAUUUUUUCAAUGUUUUCCUUGGCUGCAUAUUUGGAAUGUAUCAUGUAUUAUUCUACAAGUUUAAAUAAAUGGAAAAAAUGUUAAAUUUAUAA